CGUGGUGGUCUGCCCAGUUGGUGCCGUGAGCUCAGCAGCAGAAAAUGUGCGUGAGAGGCGUUGGGCAGCGUGUGUGAGGGUGACGGAGGCGUGUGUGAGUGUGCGUGCGUGCAGGCGUGCUGUGGAGGAGGCGGUGGAGGUGCCGAGUGUUACUGCGUCGCCGUGUUGUGCCCGCCAUGACGGUCUGGCUGCCGGGGAAGGGCGGUUCGACUCCCCUGCGGGCGUAAGGGCGCGGGGAGAGUGACCUCAGGGCGUGGCAGGGCGUGUGAUAACCGUGCCGUGCCGUGCCGUGCCGUGCCGUGCCGUGCGUGCUGUGCUGUGCUGUGCUGUGUGCGGGGCUCGGCGGCCAGUGACCCCUGACCCGCCGCCGCCAUGACCACCUUCUGCAGGAUUACCGGGUGCGCCCGGAACCUGCCCAAGCCCUGCUACUUCCCGCUGCUGCCGCCCAUUUCCCCCGCCGAGGCCAAGAAGCUGUGCAGGAUCACCGGCAAGGCCACGGACCUGCACGCCUACAGCCCCGUCAUCGCCUUCGGCAAGCCCGUGCCUUACGAUGGCCUCGAGGGCUGCCGCAUCACCCGCCACGAGGACUUCUCCUUCGCGCGUGCGGUGCUCGUCAAGACCAAGGACAACGAGAAGGCCUUCCCCUACCUGGAGGAGGUCCUGCAGAAGAUGCGGACGCGGCUCAAGGGGAAGCCCGAGGCGACGCGGGAGUUCGUGUACCACGUGGGGGAGCACAAGACGAGCCUGCUGGUGACGGCCGAGAUGGAGGAGGCCAUCAAGACGGGCCACUUCGAGACAGUGUCCAUAAGCAAGGACGCCAAGUGCAUCAACGUGAAGCUGCACCAGGGCCGCAUCGUGAAGCUGGACCUGACUACGCUGGCCGCCGAGGAGGGCGAGGUGCUGGACGUGGCGUGCGGCGAGGGCCAGAGCAAGAAGGUGCUCAAGAAGCAGCAGCAGAUCCUGGAGGAGCGGCGGAAGCGCAAGACCAACACGAUGGCCCGCAAAAGCCGCUUCGAGGAGCUGGAGGCCAAGGCGGAGGCCGAGGAGCGGCGCGACACCGUGCGGCCACACAAGCCGCGCGUCAAGUUUAACGCGAAGCAGCGCGCCGAGAAGCUGGCCCGGAUGGAGGCCAUGGCGAAGGAACAGCAGGAGAACAAGGCCAUCCUGCUUCCCGCCGUGGACACCCGCAAGCCCCGCGACGAGGAGCUGCAGUACGAGAGGAUGCUGUUCGACGUGACGCAGGCCCAGACCAAGUCCCACACCAUGGCCGUCGUGUCCUCGGGCUUCGACUGGAAGGAGGCGCAGGAAGCCGAGGACGCCGGCUUCGACUGGGACAGCUUCCCGCACGAGGAGUGGGUGGAGCCCGUGGAGGUGACGGAGACGAGCGUGGCGCGCGAGGAGGUGGUGAGCGGCGCCGACGUGGCCAACCUGCAGGUGGUGGUGUCCGUGGAGACGGUGCGGCCCGCCCUGCCCAUGCCGCAGGACGUGGCGCGCGCCGUCUGCAACCUGCUGGAAUCGCAGCUCAGCCACACCGAGGAGGUGAGCGACGCCCUGCGCGCCGCCGCCGCCAGGGACCCUGACAUCGUGCCCACCUUCCAUGACAUCUGCCACAUCGCCGCCGCCAUUGAGGCCGCCGAGCUGGGCUUCCUGGUACGCGGGGACGAGGGCGCCGAGUUCGUGCCCAAGGCCGAGUACGUGCCCGGCGAGGUCCCGGCGGUGUCCGGGGUGCUGGUGGAGGUGAACGAAAAGAAGAAGUUCGUGGCGGGCCAGAUCCUGCAGCUCGGGGACAAGGAGAGCUUCGUGGCGGGCCAGACGGUGACCACGCCGCGCGGCAAGCGGUUCGUGCCGGGCCAGACCAUCAUCAACAUGGACGGCGAGGUGAGCCUCGUGCCAGGCCAGUGCGUCCGAGCCCAGGAGGGCGAGGCCGUGGAGUUCGUGGCCGGCCAGGUGGUCAGCGGCCCGGGUGGACCAAAGUUCGUGGCGGGACAGAUGAUGGAUUUGGGGGACGGGAGGAUGGCCUUCGUGGCCGGCCAGACCGUCACCACUGAGGACGGGCCAAAGUUCUGCCCCGGCGAGGUCACCACCAACGCGUACGGCGAGGAGCUGUUCGUGCCGGGCCUGACCAUGCCCACGGCCGAGGGGGCCAAGUUCGUGGCGGGCCAGACCUUCGCCACCGAGGACGGGCAGCUGGCCUUCACGCCAGGCCAGAUCGUGGACACCAUCGAGGGCCCGUCCUUCGUCCCGGGCCGCACCUUCAACACGCCAGAGGGCAAGAAGUUCAUCAAGGGUGAUCUGGUGGAGGACGAGGCCGGCCGCAUCAAGUUCGAGCACAGGCCGUUCACGGAAGAGAAGCGCGUCAGCGAGUGGCUGGUCAUCCCGAACAGCGAGCUGCAGCCGCUGGCCGUGGCGCAGCGCACCGUCGUGGGCUUCAUCGUCAACCCCACCAACACGGCCAACGUGCAGCCCGGCGACCAGCUCUACGGUGACAUGGUGGAGACCGCCGACGCCGUGCAAUUCUACCUGUGCGGGAAGCUGCCCGAGGACGUGUCCCCCGAGGCCAAGGUGAUCCCUGGCCGCCUGCUGGUGACGGAGGAGGACCAGCGCUUCGUGCCCGGCCGCAUGAUAGUGGCGGAGGACGGGGCCGGCGAGCGCUUCGUGCCGGGCCAGACGGUGACCACGACGCACGGCGAGGAGUUCAUCCCCGGCCAGAUCGUGGAGAGCUCGGAGGGCCCCAAGUUCGUGCCGGGCCAGAUGGUGAUGACGGCCCAUGGCGAGAAGUUCGUGCCGGGCCAGGUCAUCGUGGAGGACGAGGGGCCGAAGUUUGUGCCGGGUCAGAUCAUCCAGACCAAGAACGGCGCCACCUUCAUCCCCGGCCAGAUGAUGAACACAGACGAAGGCCAGCUGUUCGUGCCGGGCCAGCUGGUCGAGACAAACGCCGGGCCGCGCUUCGUGCCCGGCCAGGUGGUCGAGAGCCCAGAGGGACCCAAGUUCAUACCCGGCAACAUCAUCGAGACCGAAGAGGGACUCAAAUACGUGCCGCCCGAUGCCGACGAGAUCGACGAGGACUUCGAGAUCUCGUUCCAAGGGUUCGAGGUGAGCGAGGAGGAGCUGGCGCUGCUGAUGACGCACCCGACGGACGCGCGGCCUCACCAGACACUGCUCAACGGCGAGUGUCUCAUCGACUCGGCGACGCUCAAGAAACUGGCAGUGGACACGGUGGUGGUGCACGGCGCCACGCCCGAGCCGCAGCUGCAGCAGCAGGAGCUUAAGAAGAAGAGGAAGAAGAAGAAGGGGCGGGUGCAGCUGGACGCCAUGGAGGAGGUGGUGGAGGAGGUGGAGGAAAAGGACGAGGGCACCGACCGAGUGGAGCUGCUGAUCGGGCUGAUGAAGGCCGGCUCGUGCAUCUCCGAGGCGCGGCGCGACAAGGAGAUGGAGAAACUGUGCGCCCUGAUGGCCCAGGAAGGGGAGCACGAGAACCACGCCACGCUGCAGGUGGAGGCCAUGGCCCGCGUGCUGGCCUCGAGCAGCGGCGCUGCCGAGGUGGUGCGGGCCUUCCUGGGCCAGGACGAGGGACUCAUCGCGGACAUCGUACACCACAUGGUCGACACCGACGACAUCAAGAGGAACGACCAGGCGCGGAGCGCGUUGCGGCAGGCCGUCACCCGCGUGGUGACGCGCCGCUGCGACAGGGAGAUCGACGAGAUGGUGGAGAUGCUCGGCGAGAGCCCCGAGAGUCUGCUGACGGACACGCGCACGCAGGUGCUGCUGACGGAGGCCGUGGGCGUCGUAUGCGUCACCGGCAACGUGGAGGUGGCGGCGUUGCUGGAGCAGUUCAUCUCGCAGCCGUCGGAGCCUGACUCGCUGCGGGACAACCCCGACGUGGUGUCGGUGCUGCGUCAGCUCAUCGUGCUGCACCAGAUCGCUGAGCGGGACAGCGAGGUGGAGCGCAUGCUGCAGGUGCUGCAGACCAACCCCGAGGGCCUCAAGGACCGGAAGAAGAUCCGCGAGUUACUGCGCAGCGCCAACCUGCUGCUGCAGGUGCCCAAGAAGGUGAAGGAGGAAGAGGACGAAGACGAGGACGAAGAGGCCGCCAAGAGGUUCGACCUGCGGCACGUGGCCUCGUCCAAGGACAUCCCGAAGGAGAUGUUCGAGCAGUUGAAGGAGGACAGACAGACGGCGAACCGCUUCAUCGAGGAGCUGCCGGACGAGCUGUUCCAGCAGAUCCUGCGGGACGGCCGCUGCGGCGAGAGCUUCUUGGCCUCGCUCAACGAGGGCGUGUCCGGCGCCGCGCGGGGCGAGCUGGACAAGUUCAAGAAGGGCAUGGCCAUCGUGGUGACCAAGGAGAACAUGCAGGCCGUCAUCCCGCGGGAGUUCUCGCGCUCCGUCUGCUACGGCAUCGUGCCCUACCUGCUCAUCGACGAGGAGGGCAUCAAGUUCUUCGAGCGCGGCCUGACGGGGCGCAAGCUGGCGCCGGCCAAGGUGAUCGAGAACACCUGGUACAUGCCCGACGCCUACUACAGCAGGACGACGCCGAUCUACGAGAGGACGCUGAGCGGCGAGCAGUACCUGCUGCCGCUGCCGGGCCGCCGACAGCGCCCGUCGGGCCGCCAGGAGCUGCUCUACACAUCGUUGCUGCCGCCCGCCGGCCCCACCAAGCUGCCCUUCGCCGACGCGGCCAACGGUGACCUCGACGACCCGCCCUCCUACAGCAGGUCGUCGCGCGCAGGCUCCAUCUGGAGUGACGUGGACCCCACCUCCGCCAGCCUGUCGCGCCGAGGCACCCGCGACCUCGACGCCAUGUCGUCACGCCGCGGCUCCGUGUGCCACAGCCUCGCCGACGACGGGGAACUGGAGCCGACGAACGUCAUCUACCGGCGGCCGACGAAGGACGAGAAGGAGGAGUGCGGCAUCGACUACACCCCCGCGGUGCCCUUCAACCCCGUGGUGCUCGACGACGUGGCCGAUUCGGCGCCGCUGUGCCGCUCGGACACCGUUGCCAAGUUGCUGGACAAGUACUCCAACUUCUCGGUGCACAGAGAGUUCGGGCCCGGGGCGCGCGCCGCCAACGCGAGGCGCAGCAAGAAGGGAAAGGACGUCAACGGCGUGAGCGAGAAGCGCUCCAGCAGGAAGAGCAAGCGGGGGGAGCGCGGCGACAAGGACGGGUACGGCGCGCCCUCCCGCAGCAAGGGCAAGAGCAAGGCGCGGGAGGAGCCGCUGGCCAUCACCUUCCCGCGGGACCGGGACGCCAACGGGUCCCGCUCCAGCACGCCGCUGUCCUUCAGGGACGGCAGCUCCGCCCUGCCGCGGGAGGGAUCCGUCCUGGCCCGCGACCGCGACAGCUCAGGCAUCAACGGCCUGGAGGAGCUGGAGCGCGAGCUGGACGCCAUCCCGCGCCGCGCCCUCAACAAGCCAUUGCGCGUCUCCAAGAUCCUCGAGGACGACGAGGACGACGACGAGCCCAUCCUGCCCAUCCAGCGGCGGAAGUUCAAGCCGCCGCUGCUGGACGAGCUGAGCAGCGCCGACCCGGCGGGCGACCGGCCAGGCGGCUCGGCGCUGCAGCGGUACCGGGAGCGGAAGGCGCGUGAGGCGGGGGACUGGACGGAGGAGCCCGAGGGCAGGGCCGCCAGUGUGCUCAAGGACGGUGGCGCGGCGCCAGGCCUCGGCCUCGGUGGCCUCGGCACCCCCAGGGUCGGCGGCGGCUAUGGUGGCGGAUAUGGUGGCGGCGGGUACGGCGGUAGUGGCUAUGGUGGCGGCAGCUAUGGUGGUGGUGGUUAUGGUAGUGGUGGUUAUGGUGGCGGUGGUUAUGGUGGCGGUGGUUAUGGUAGUGGUGGUUAUGGUGGCGGUGGUUAUGGUGGUGGUGGUUAUAGUGGAGGUGGCUAUGGCGGCGGUGGCUAUGGUGGGGGGUACGGUGGUGGCUAUGGUGGCUACGGGAGGGGCGGGUACGGGGGAGGCAUGGGCGGGUACAGGGGCGGGGGCUACGGCAUGGGAGGCUACGGAGGAGGGUACGGAGGGGGGUAUGGUGGCGGUGGCGGGUAUGGUGGAGGCUAUGGAGGGUAUGGUGGAGGUGGAGGCUACGGGGGCUACGGCGGGGGAGGGUACGGAGGGGGGUAUGGCGGGGGCUACGGAAUGGGUGGGGGCUACGGGGGAGGGUACGGCAGGGGCGGCCCCGGGGACGGGUACGGGGCUGGUGGCAGCUUCGCCAGCCGCUACCUGGGCAACGACGGCCCCAAGGUGGCGCCAGUGUUCGGGGUGACCGGGGGCGCGCCGCCCCCCAGUCUUGGCGUCGAUCCGCUGCCCGGAGCCGCCCCCCUGCCCGGGGUCACGCCGCCCCUCGGGGCCACGUCGGGCCUGGGCGCUCCUCCACCCGUCGGAGGCCUGGGCGCGGGGAGCCUGCCGGGGUCCGCCACCCUGUCGCCGCGGCUAGGGGAUGACGCACGCAGUCGCCGCAGCGUCACGCCCAUGGACGACGACCGGCAGCGCGCCAAGCACAUCGCCAAGCAGUACCUAGGGGGCUCCGCGCCGCGCUCCACCUGCCCCGCUGUCAACCGCAUACUGGGCGACGACGAUGACGACGACCUCGACUUGGGCGACGACACCAACGGUGACGCCGGCGAGGGGUCGUCCGAGGAGUCGUAGGCGUGUCAGGCUGCCGCCAUGUCGCCGCCACCGCCGCACCAUGCCACGCCACGCGCCACCUUGCUGCCGCCCCCGUGCCCGCCGUGGAGUCAUCGCCGCGAGUGACUCAAGGCGAGUCGUGCCGUGACUCACGACUCACGACAGUGCCGGACAUGACAACUGAUGAUGAUGAACAUGAAGUUCCAAGGAGAACGCGUCGUCGUCCCUGUAAUGACAGUGUCGGGGCCGCGGCGGCAACACGUGGGCCGCGAGGGGCGCCAGGCCGGGCUGUACAGACUCAGUAAUCCGUGACAGCGUGCAGCAGCCACUCCUCCAGGCCGCUGCCGCCCCCACCACCACCACCACUAUCUCCUGCUGCUGCUGCUGCUGCUCUCAUGUUUAUUAUUUUGUUUCCCUGUCACUCGUCCCUUCAUUUCCGCCUUCCCCAACACUCUCCUAACGCUUGAGUCGCCCACGCUGAGAACACUUGGAAAGACACUCGAUUUAGAGCGAUAUUUUGGUGCGCGUGUCACCCUGGCGCUGAUUGGCCCACGCGCCCAUGACGUCACAUCUGAACCCUGCUCACAUUGGCUGAGGCGGCGGUGACGUCAGCAGCGAGGCCGAUCAGUCCACUAAGGGUCACGGCAUCCUUCGUUUUGAUGUUAUUUUCGACAUUACAACCUCACAUAGCUUUAUUUACCCCUGUCCCUCCGUCGCCCCAUAGAUAAGUGUUAACAUAUCACACGAGGAGAACUGACAAGGCAAGGGCGUGCCACCUCUGCUUUAAAGGGCCAAUCACGGGCGUCCACGUCCUCACUCUGGCUCCUCACACCCGCCAAUCACGACCCUGGACGUCUGCCAAUAACCUUUUUCUACCCCAAACUAAACAUACGUAUAAAUAAAUAAUAAAAUAAAUAAAUAAAUAAAUAAAAAUGGUCAUCCAGCCAUUUCUGUACAGGUAAAAAACACGAAUAAAUAAAGAGUAAAUAGUUAACUAAAACAAAUUAAAGCAAAAUAAAACAAUAAAAACAAUACUGGCCGAUUUAAAGCAAGAUGAUGCCCUUAAUGAGGUUUAAAUGUCCGUCCUGUAUGUCUGUAAGUGUGUGUGUGUGUGUGUGUUUGGGGAUGUAUGUACACCUGCCAGACGUACACAGGUGGUCUUGUUUGUACAUUAUUAAUUAAAAUGAAUGAACCUGGA